CCUCUUCUCCGCAGAGAAAACAGUAACUAACGCGGAGGCAAUCCGCGUAGAAGGUAAUAUGGCGUAAGCGUCGGUAGGUAGCUAGCGCAGAUGGACUAAUUUGGAAAGAACAAGCCAGGAAACAGUCGUCGAGACAAUCUUAGCUGGGCCAUUUGACGUGAAAUGACACUUUUGGUCGACUGCUUGACACUUUUCGGCACAUUGGAGCGCCUCUGAUGUCCACCGGUUGCCGCCGUUCUCCAUCGGGCAGAACCACUCAGCACUCAUCCCAACACGCUCGCAGGUCUUCUAGGUUUUUCCACUGAGAUGGCGCGUGCAGAGACCAUGGAGAGUGUCUGCGAAGCUGCCACAGGCGCUGCCGGCGGCCCUUUGCCACAAUACCAGCACGGCUCCUGCCACCGCGUGGAGCUCCCUGGCUCCUUCCCUGCUUGGUCGAGCAUGCACCACCCUGGCAGUCCCAGCGGCCCUGUUCUUCAGACGUCAUCGGAGCAGUUGGUUGCCUCGCCACCAGUGAGCAGAGCCGCGCGGUCGGUGAGGAAGAGUCGACAGUUGAUGCUGGAAUGUAGCGGUGGACGGGAGGUCGCCUUGAUGACGUGGGAUGACGUCAAAGAGUGCUCCAACCGGUUUGGGCAGCAAAACGAACGGCGGCAUCGCCGUGCGUUCUGCAGACGCGGACGCCUGCUGGACCUGCUGCCUCGGGACGAGCAGGAGUUUGGGGAUCUGCUACCGGCGCCUCAGCUGGACGUGAUCUCUGUGGGCGAGCAGUUGAGGACCAUUGGAGACGACUUCAAUGCCUCCGUGCUGCGAGCGCACGCGGCCGCCGCCCCCCACUGGCAGGACUGGAUUGACGCCUACCGAGGUUUCCUCAACCUGGCGGCAAGGACCCUCAGCGCCCUCUACAGGCUGACGUAGCUCGCCGGCCGCCACCUCGACCUGGCGCUUCUUUUUUUCAAAACGCGCCGAGCCGUCUGCUGGUUCAGACCUCAGCCGACUCUACCCGCCUGUGUGCUUCCCCCCACCGCCCCCCUCGACUGUGAAAGCGGACCAUUUUUGUUUGUGGAAGAUAAAGCGGUCCAAACUUGUCGGUUACCUUGGUUACGAGCCUGUUGUCUUUGUUCAUCCACAUGAAAGUUUCCUUUUGUCGUACGACACGUGCCUUUGUGACACACCUGUUUGUUGGCGUGUAAAUAUUUUUUCGGACGAUCAUUCAGAUCAUUUCUGGAAUAUUCAUCAACGGCUUUGGAGAUGAGAGAGAAAAAUAAAUCCAGUGGAUUUUUUUUAGUGGUAUUGGCUAAGUUGAAGAAAAAAAAAAGACAUGAUAUAAUUCCUGAAAAGUAUUUCACAAUGUUUUAAAAACAGUAUAAAGUCAGUUCAGUGAUUGUUUUGUAGUUUGGAACAAAACUUUAAUUUAUUUUGUACGGUAGCCUGUUUGUAGCUUCUUUUUUUUGUUUGUUUAAUUUAUUUGUUCUGGACAUUCCUGCUGUGCACAUUGAACUCAGAUUGUGUCGCUAAUUCAAAAGCGUCGGGUUAACGUGCACUUUGCUUUCUUGUUUUGGUUCUUCAGCAGCAUGUUCACCGCUCCUUUUUUUUACUGUUUGUGCAUUUGGGAAGGACGUGACCACUUUGUACAUUUUGCUGUUUGGCUUGAUCACGUCACUUUGUCGCGUUCGUCUUCUUGUUAGCAGCCCGUUGACGUGCAGUUGUUUUUUUUACUGUUGUAAAGUUUAUACUCAAAUUUUGUACUUUGUUCUUUUAUACAAUAAAUUGAAUGAAAUAAA